UGUGUCUGUCCUUCACUCCUCCAUUGUCUGCCGCCGCCAGUGCUGCUGCCGCUGCUGUUGCUGCCGCCGUCGCCGCCGCCGCCGCCGCCGCCGCCGGACUCGCCGCAGCUCCCAGCCUCGCGCGUCGCCGCUGCCUUCUUGGACAGAAAUUUUAUGAAUAAGCAUCAGAAGCCAGUGCUAACAGGCCAGCGGUUCAAAACUCGGAAAAGGGAUGAAAAAGAGAAAUUCGAACCCACGGUCUUCAGGGAUACACUUGUCCAGGGGCUUAAUGAAGCUGGUGAUGACCUUGAAGCUGUAGCCAAGUUUCUGGACUCUACAGGCUCAAGACUAGAUUAUCGUCGCUAUGCAGACACACUCUUCGAUAUCCUGGUAGCUGGCAGUAUGCUUGCCCCUGGAGGGACACGCAUAGAUGAUGGUGACAAGACCAAGAUGACCAACCACUGUGUGUUUUCAGCAAAAGAAGAUCAUGAAACCAUCCGAAACCAUGCUCAGGUCUUCAAUAAACUCAUCAGGAGAUAUAAGUAUUUGGAAAAGGCUUUUGAGGAUGCAAUGAAAAAGCUUCUCCUCUUCCUUAAAGCCUUUACCGAAACAGAGCAGACAAAGUUGGCAAUGCUGUCGGGGAUCCUGCUAGGCAACGGCAACCUUCCUCCCACCAUCCUCACCAGUCUCUUCACCGACAACUUAGUUAAAGAAGGCAUUGCAGCCUCGUUUGCUGUCAAGCUUUUUAAAGCCUGGAUGGCAGAAAAAGAUGCCAACUCUGUUACCUCUUCUUUGAGAAAAGCCAACUUGGACAAGAGGCUGCUUGAGCUCUUUCCCGUCAACAGGCAGAGUGUGGAUCACUUUGCCAAGUACUUCACCGACGCGGGGCUGAAGGAGCUCUCCGACUUCCUGCGCGUGCAGCAGUCGCUGGGCACCAGGAAGGAGCUGCAGAAGGAGCUGCAGGAGCGCCUGUCCCAGGAAUGCCCCAUCAAGGAGAUGGUGCUCUACGUGAAAGAAGAAAUGAAGAGGAACGACCUCCCGGAAACAGCCGUGAUCGGCCUGCUGUGGACCUGCAUCAUGAACGCCGUGGAGUGGAACAAGAAGGAAGAACUCGUGGCAGAGCAGGCCCUCAAGCACCUGAAGCAAUACGCUCCCCUGCUGGCCGUGUUCAGCUCCCAAGGCCAGUCCGAGCUGAUCCUCCUGCAGAAGGUCCAGGAGUACUGUUACGACAACAUCCAUUUCAUGAAGGCGUUUCAGAAGAUCGUGGUCCUCUUUUAUAAAGCCUCUGGGGGGCAGUAAAACACAGGGAUGAUUUCUGAGCUUAAGGAAAUCUCCAAAUACUAUCCUAAACUAUAGGCUUAACCAACUUCCCAACAUAUACUAUCUAUCAGAUGCAUUAAAGUAAGGAGAAAAAACAUGUCCUUUUACAUAUUUGCCUCAUUUUUUAUUCUAUUUUUUGUUUUAUGACAAUAAUAGUUCUAUAGGACAUACAUACAUACAUGCAGUUUACAAACUGAAAAAUAUACAUAUAUUGGGUGUACAUGCUCAAAACUGUCUCAUAGGGGAGCAUGAUCCAAACAAUUGGGAGAUGGCUGUUCUAAAUCCAGAAUCUUCAAGAUAUCAGAGAGACAGAUUUUAUAAGAGACUUUAAAUCCAUGUGUAAGCUAAGUAGUUGAAAAAUCUAUGUAAAGCAUUCUUACAUAGUAACAAGUCACUUCUGCAGGAUGUAAACUACCUGCUCCUCGCCUCUAAAAACACCAGGUUUUGGUGGAAAAUGGGUGGGGAAGUUUCCUCAUUAUUGUGAGUGCAGGAUGUGGAGCUGGGGACAGAAGAAGCUAAAAGACUAGAAGCUAAGAGCAAUUCUACAGGAUUCCUGGUUCAAUCUUUUAUAUCCAGUUUUUAUAUCCAAACUUCCUCUUUCCUUCCCAAAUUGUAGUAUAUUUAAUUAUUAAGAUAAUUAAGAACCUUAUAUUGUCUUAAUACCAAUUGUGUGCAUUUUUAGCCAAUUUGAUUUCCUCAGUUGAAUACAAGAGCCAAUUAUUAAUUUAGAAAAAUAAGGUUAUGUUAUAAAAAGGUCAGUGAUAUUUUAAAUAAAAAUUAUCAAAUCAUUUCUCUUGUUUUCAUAAGCUAAAAUCAUAUUUCGACUGCAAAUACAUCAUUAGAGUGGUAUAUCAGUAUUGUAAUGGUUUGGAUAGGUAUUGGGGACAAUAGUAAAUCCUUUUUAUUGGUUUUGCAUCUCAUUUCCCACUCAAAUCCUCAAAACCAUUUGAGUGGGAAAUGAGAUGCAAAAUAUGUUAUUAUUUUGUUAUGCCCCUUUGUUAUGCAAAAUAUGUUAUUAUUUUGUUAUGCCCCUUCUCAUUCUUAAUAUUACAUUUUUCUAAAUUAAUCAUAACCUGAGGGUAUCAGGACAUAUUUGUAUAAUUUAGAGUUUUAGGUAAUUGAUGGGUAAUAGAUAAUACUUUUUGUUAGAACCUGUAACAAGUUGGUCUAAUAUGUCUCUGUUUUUCUCUUAAUAGAGUACAAAGAAAACAUUACUAUUUGCAGCUUAGAAUAUGAUGCUGUAGGAAAAUCAGUUACAUUUUUAGCAAUAGGGUGAGUGUAGGACUUUGGAUUAUGUGUGCAUUGGUCCUGUGAUACACCUAGGAAACUCAUCUUUAUUUCUAAUUAUUAAUAUCCUUAUUGCAUCCUGCCUUCUUUUCUCCUAAAAUAGUAAAUCCCCCU